AUGACACAUAGAUGUAAUGAAAACGAAACUCAAAGUGAAUUGGUAUAUGAUGAUUUAUCUGAUGCACCAAACAACACUUGCGACGAAAAUGAAUUCAGUGAUAGCAGCGAUAUUCUUGAAUUAAGUGAUGUGAUUAGACAUAGAAGAAAUCUGAGUAAAAAAUAUAAUAUUUCAAGCGAAAGUGAAGAUUCGGAGGUGGAGGCUGAUGAGCCUAUAAUUGAAGAAUGGACAAAUGAGGAUACUUUUCCAAAUCUGGAACCUUUUGAAGGAAUUUGUGGUACAACAUCAUUACAAAGAAAUUGCAGCGUAAAAGAAGCUGUUGAUUGUAUAUUUGGCAAUGAAUUUUUCCAAAUUAUUUCUAAAGAAACAAAUCGCUAUUACUUACAAAAUGUACAUAAAUAUAAGGCUAUUCCUAAACAAGGAAAAUGGAGGAAUGUGUCAUGUUCCGAAAUAAAAAAUUUGUUCGGAAUAUUUAUUUUGAUGGGACAAAUACGAAAGGAAAACAUAAAAGAAUACUGGUCCGUGGAUCCAUAUUUGGCAACACCUAUUUUUUCAAAAUUAAUGAGUAGCAACAGAUUUGAACAGGUUACGAGGUAUUUACAUUUUAACGAUAACACGAAAAUGAAUGAAAAUAGUGAUAGACUCUACAAAAUAGAACCUGUUUACAAUUACCUAAUAGAAAAAUUUAAAACCGUUUAUACUCCUCAUCAGAACCUGUCGCUAGAUGAAGCCAUGAUCCCUUGGCGUGGAAAAUUAAAAUUUAAAACGUACAAUCCACGUAAACUUACUAAAUAUGGAAUACUUGUACGAGUAUUAUCGGAGAGUCAGACGGGAUAUAUAUGUAAUAUAGAAAUUUAUUGUGGACAAGGCAAAAAACUGCAAGACACGGUAACAACGAUUCUUACACCGUAUUUCGGAUAUUGGCACCAUCUUUAUAUGGAUAAUUAUUUAAUACUUUGA